AUGCUCGAUGGCAUGCAAGACCCUCUAUAUGGGAUGAAAGAGACCUCAUCAGCUCUCCAGCUAAAAAUUGAGCUCGGUGCAGACGGUAUUGCCGACACAACGGUUUCUCUCGACAAUUCCGUAUCGUCUGCUGAGCGACUCGAACGCCGUUAUGCGUGGCGCUCCCUUGAAUGGAAGAAGCUCGACACCAUCACGCUUUCCAGGCCAUGCGAUAUGUCCGAGUUCAUAGGCGGUGUCUUCGUUCAAAUUGAAAACGACAAAGACAAACCAAACUCCUCUAUGACCGUUGUGCGGGCACCGUCUCCGAGUGGGGGUCGGCGAGAGUUAGCGUUCGAGGAUAUAGGUGUUUUGGCUGCGGAAAUGACCUUCGAUUCAAGCCAGGAUCUACUCGCACUCAUCGAGCAUCGCGGGAAUUUAGGAUCUUACCCGAAAAUCACACGCGACCUUGACGGGGAGCUUACCAUCCAUUUACGAUCGCUGACAUCAAACCAAGCCCAUCCCCUAGCCACAGAAUCCGUUCUUCGUGCCUUUUUCCAUGAAGAGCAGUCAGAGGAAAUUACUAGCGAGGAUGUCAAAGAAUUUGAGAUCUUCGAUGAUAUGCUCGCUCUCUUUUGUGCGUAUAGUUAUAACACAACCCACGCCUGCAUUUGGAAUUGGAAAUCUGGGGAAGUUGUUUUUAAACGGAAACUUUUCAAUGAAUCAGAAUUUGGACACACGGCGAUAGAUAGCCUUAGCAGCGGCAUCUGUUUCCUCUCCUCACGAAUGAUCAUCUCGAGUUCACGCUGCUCGGAGAAGAGUAUACAACGUCAAAUGCGCUUCAACAUAUUCUCGAUUUCCGACCCCAUUUCCAUUGAAGAAACCUCGUCCUCAACUCCUUCGCGCUACGAGUUGACCCACAUCUCCACUCUACUUCUUCCCUCCUACAGCUCUGAUUACCAUUGCACCGGCUUCUAUAGCUUUACCUCUUCUUCCUCCCCUCAAACAUCACUCGGUCUAUUUUUUGCGACUUUGGGCUACAGUAAUUACCACGGCGGUGGCCACUUCCAUGUUGUCUCUUCUAUUGGGAGUCUAUUGAAAUACGCUACCCGGCAACCGCAAGAAAGAAAACUUGGAGCUCGUAAGGUUCCGUGGCAGGACUGGGGCCCCCGCUCGUCAAGAAUCCUUCUUCGGCAUAAGGAACCAACAAUUUCCUUAAGUUAUAUUAGGUCUGCGAUCGGCAACAGAGCCGUCUUCGAUGCUCGCCGGGCAGCUUCAGAGGACUGGGAAUUUCUAUCUGGCCACACUGUCUUCGUAGAUUUUGGCUACCAUCUCCUGCGCGACAAACAAUUUCCUCGGCCGGAGACCGGCCGGAGACCGUCUAUGACGGGGACGGCCCCUUCACCAUCGAUGUCGAGAGCCGACUUCCCGUUCGUAGUAUCUCGCUGCCCGCUCAUUUGCCUGGAUCUGGAGAUAGGUGCUGCGAGCUCGAUGCAGAGCGCAUAG